AUACAAGGUUAAGUGUCCAAAAUUGCAAAUGUAAAGAGAGUAAAAUUUCGAUUUACUGGCUAUUUAUAGUAAUUUGUUGUUGGAUUAUCGUUUUCUUAUGAUAGUAAUUUCUCCAAGGAUCUAUUACUAUACAUAGAGGCCUAAAUGACUCCAGUCCUUGAGCACCGGGCAUAAAGAGCAACCAAACUUGUUUACUAUUUUUGCAAAAACAGAAUAAUAUUGCAAUUGGAGGGUGUCUCUCUAUUAAGAGACGUUUUUGGAAGCAUAAUUACAAGGAUGUUCGCAGUGCAGUCUGUCCUUGCAGAAAGGUUGUCUUCAGGAUGCAGCCUUUUGGCAUGGGUUGAACUCCUUGUGCUCUGAUUGCAUUCCACAAGGGAUUUUCCUCAUCCUGCCUUUUGGCAUGCAUGAGUUGAAAUUCCUUGUGUCCCUUGAUCCGGUCCUUACUUUCCUCCGAUUUUCGGAAAACAUUUUCAUCGAUCAUUAGGCCGGCCGCACGAGAAAUUGUUUGAAUAUGAGCAUCUGUUUGUGUGGUGAAUUUUGAGGCAUGGUUUUCAAAAAAUCCGAAGAAAAAGGUAUGGAGAUGAAAAAAGGAAACAUAUUGAUGCACAAAUACGAGCUGGGACGGUUGCUUGGAAAGGGGACAUUUGCCAAGGUUUACCAUGCCCGAAACCUGAGCUCCAGCCAGAGCGUUGCGAUUAAGAUAAUCGACAAGGAGAAGGUGCAGCAUGUCGGAUUGAUUGAUCAGAUUAAGAGGGAAAUCUCCGUCAUGCGCCUUGUUAGGCACCCGAAUGUGGUUCAGCUCUUUGAGGUCAUGGCUAGCAAGACCAAGAUUUACUUUGCCAUGGAGUACGUGAAAGGUGGGGAGCUUUUCAACAAGGUUGCCAAGGGGAAGCUCAAGGAAGACGUGGCGCGGAAAUACUUUCAGCAACUGAUUGGGGCUGUUGAUUACUGCCACAGUCGAGGGGUCUAUCACCGUGACAUCAAGCCAGAGAAUCUCUUGGUGGAUGAGAAUGGAAACCUCAAAGUUUCGGAUUUUGGAUUGAGCGCAUUGUGGGAGUCUAGGGGACAAGAUGGCCUCCUCCACACCACGUGUGGAACGCCAGCAUAUGUAGCACCGGAGGUAAUAAACAAGAAAGGUUAUGAUGGCGCAAAGGCAGAUAUAUGGUCUUGUGGGGUUGUCCUCUUUGUUCUACUGGCCGGUUUCCUGCCAUUCCAUGACACCAAUCUCAUGGAAAUGUAUAGGAAAAUCAGCAGAGGAGACUUCAAGAGCCCUCAGUGGUUUCCCCCAGAGGUAUGUAAGCUUCUUUCGAGGAUUCUUGAUCCAAAUCCAAGCUCAAGAAUAAGUGUUGACAAGAUCAUGGAGAAUAGUUGGUUCAAGAAGGGGUUUAAACAAAUCGAAGCGCCUUUAGCCCUUCCGUGUGAUUCCAGCACCUCAAUCCGCGAUGUGCAUGAGGCUUUUGCAUCAACAAGUCAUUCAGCUGGAGAAGGUUCCAACAAAAAUGCUAGUGGAGCAGGAACAAGCUCCAUGAGGCCAACAUGUUUCAAUGCGUUCGACAUCAUAUCUCUCUCACCAGGUUUUGACCUAUCCGGUUUGUUUGAGAAGGAUAUGAAUCACAGACCACAGGCACGAUUCACGAGCACAAAACCAGCCGCAACAAUUGUUUCAAAAUUCGAAGCCAUAGCACAGACGGAGAGGUUCAAAUGCAUGAAAAAAGAUGGAACCCUUAAACUGCAGGGUAGCAAGGAAGGCAGGAAAGGGCAGCUAGGCAUCGAUGCUGAGAUUUUCGAGGUCACGCCUUCAUUUCAUGUCGUGGAGAUGAAGAAAACGGCUGGGGACACAUUGGAAUACAUGGAGUUCUGUGACCAUGACUUGAAGCCCUCUCUUAAGGAUAUAGUAUGGACUUGGCAAGGAACAGAGCAGCAACAGCCACCACCGCCAGUAGUAGCACCUGAACUCGUUUCUUAGAUACGAAGGAAGUGCUUAUUUUUAUCUAAAACUUGUGCUUAAUUUGUCUCUUCAAUGCGUUUUCAUCUUUAUUUCUUAAGCUUUUCAGUCUUUUUCAUCUUUAAUCCGCUUUAUAUGUUGUACUUGUUUCGAAUUCGAGAUCAAUUUGUAAAGAGAGAGAAACAGAGGUAUUACUGGUCUGGUCAUCUGGUGCACAACUGAAGACUGAGCGCAGUGCAGGAUGCAUGUUCUGAAAAAUGUGUAUAUGAGAUGCUGCAAUCAUGUAGCAGAUUGAUCGAUGACAUAUAGAAUCACUAGUUUAAACUUGUAGCACCAAAAGGGCAAAAUUUUGGAUAUUCAAUUGCAUAUUUAAAGAGCAAGUUAUGGACUAAUUAUAUCUGUUCUUGUUUUUCUUUCAA